GCCCGUCCCAAAAGCUCAUUUCCGUUUCCUGUGCGUCGCUGCUGAGUCCUCCGUGAGGCGUCAGCUGAGAGGACGAAGCUUUUUCCCCUCGAUUUUUGACAUUUUAACAAAACCUGCUACACCAGAAGAACUCGUCAUGUCUGCAGCAACUGAGGCUGAGGUGAACCCUAAGGCGUACCCCCUGGCUGAUGCCCAGCUGACAACCCAGAUCCUGGACCUGGUACAGCAGGCUGCCAACUACAAACAGCUCAGGAAGGGGGCCAACGAGGCCACUAAGACCCUGAACCGAGGUAUCACUGAGUUCAUUGUGAUGGCAGCGGACACAGAACCCCUGGAGAUUAUCCUACAUCUACCUCUGCUGUGUGAGGACAAGAACGUGCCCUACGUGUUUGUCAGGUCCAAGCAAGCCCUGGGACGUGCCUGCGGUGUUUCCCGUCCCGUGAUCGCCGCCUCGGUCACCAUCAACGAGGGGUCACAGCUGAAGUCUCAGAUCACCUCCGUGCAGCAAGCCAUCGAACGUCUGCUCAUCUAGACCGACUCAUACGCACACAAGAUGUCCUCCACUCACAUGUCAGACUGUACACUGUAUGCUGUAGUCUUACAGAUAACAUUAACAGGCAGGCUGGCAACUUGUACGUUUGUAUAGUUUAUGCCUUAAGAAAUACCCCAAGAGAAAGGGUAUCAUUAUCUAGUUUCAUUUCUACAUGACUUUUUAAUGGUUCCUGUAGACAACAAUUUUGUGGAGUUUUCAAAAAGAAAAAUGAUGUAACUGAUCAAAACACGCCCUCUGGUUUUAUUUGUUCAGGGUUAUUUUUGUAAAGAAGCUACUUUUUCUGCAAUUAAAAGAGGUAUGUCAGUAUCAAAUCAUGCCAACUCAUGGAAGAAAAAAAAAUUCUGUUCAGAAUUGUUUAGAAAUGAUAUUUGAGAGCUGUUCAUUUACAUUCCGUUGUACUUUCUAUUAUCUGGCAUAUUUACAAAAUCUAGACUUUUUUACUCAAAGUUUUAAAAUGGUCUAGAAAGGAUGUGACAGCUUGUGGAAUAAAGGCUUGUGGACAUCACUCA